AUGAGGAACGCGUUUUCGAGUUCAUUUUGGACUCAAUGUUCCAGAUCAUUUUCUACUAGUACAAGUGGCUGGGCGAGAUCUGGCUCUGGAUCGCGACCUAGAUCAGGAACUACACCACGAUCAGGAUCAGGAUCAGGAUCACGCCCAAAUCAGAAGCAUCUUGGCGGUGUGCCUACUAGAGCUCCAUUAUCUGAAGCUUCAGGCAAGAAUUUUCCUAGUCAAGGCAAAAGCUUUGAUAGAUACUUUGUGGCACCAGAAGUGAGGAAAAAGGCCUGGGAUGGUCAGGAUAAAGACACAUAUUUUAGAGAUAAGUAUGCUCAUGUACAUGCCCAGCAGAGAAAAGAAAGGGAAGAGAGAAAGAAAACAAGUCCUUAUAAAGCUGCUCGCUCAUUUACCAAAAAUAAAAUCGGUAGAAUGGAACGAGCUGAAAAGCUUGGAUUAACCCCGAAAAAAGAGCCAAACAUUUUGUUGCAGAAGAAGCAGGCUGAGGCAGACGAAGCAAAUGAGAACAUUAGAAGGAAUUUCUCGAGAUUAUUUAAUGAGAGCUUGGAGAAAGAUCCUCGUCGACAAUUUAUUUAUGGAACAGGACCAGUUCUGGCUGCAUUGCAGGCUAACAAGAGAAAAAUACUGGCUCUUCAUACUAAAGAUAGAAGAGAAGAGAUUCCUGAGCCGAUUAGUAGUAUUUGCAAAGCAAUGAAAUUAAAAGUGGAGUGCAGUGUACCAAAUGCACAUCUCAAUAUUAUGACAAAUAAUGGAAUUCACAACAAAUAUGUUUUGGAAGUUAGACCCCUAGAAAAGCGACAGUUGGUCAGUUUGGGGAGUGUAUGGGAACAGAUUGAAGAUAACAAUGUUGAUAGUGCUGACUCUUUAACAAAUCAGGAGAUCCCAGAAAAUGCAAAAGAGCUAGAGUCGCGAUUAGGCUCGAAUAAAACUGUCCAACGACUUCCUAUUAGCGAGGUGGAGGAUGGUAAGAUUGUUUCUAAUCUACUAAAACUACAACCAAACUCCAGCAAAAAAUUCCCUUUGGUCUUAUUUAUUGAUGAGGUAACAGAUGCUCAUAAUUUCGGAGCCAUCAUUAGAUCCGCCUAUUACCUAGGCGUUGAUCUUAUUGUCCACACUGAAAAAAACACUGCCAAGCUGUCGGCAGUUGUAGACAAGACGUCUGCUGGUGCAAUGGAGCAUAUUGAUAUCUUUAAUACUCCUCAGCCGCUUAAGUUCUUUGAGUUAUCUCGAGAGAAUGGCUGGAAUAUUAUAGCUACAAGUGUGGCUAAUGGAGACAAGGCUGGUCAAGCCGCGAAGGUACAGCCGAGUGAGCUUCAUCAACUAUUACAGGUAGCUCCUUGUAUGUUGGUCAUCGGUUCUGAGGGUCAAGGUCUGCGCACAAGUCUGAUUCAACGGUCAACUCAUGUGGUUAAAUGGAAGGGAUUCCAGGAUGUGUCGAAGCUCGAUUCCUUAAAUGUCAGUGUAGCUACUGGCUUGCUAUUGUCCAAGUUCUACGAUAACCAGGCUUUUGAUGCAACCGAUUAG